AUGCUCAAGCUCUUGCUAACUGCAGCUUUGGCUGCUACUGGACUCUGCGACUAUGUGAUGCCAAACUCGACAAACUCAAGCACGACUUUCACGAACCCAAUCCUCGAUUCUGUAGGCGCAGAUCCUUGGGUCUUCCGCUACGAUGACUACUACUUCAUGACCUACAGCAACAACGAAAACAUCACCCUCCAGCGCAGCAAGUCCCUCACCGACUGGAACACGGCCGAGUCCAAGUUGCUCUUCAAGCCACCCCCAGGCAUGAACUACUCCACAGACCUCUGGGCGCCCGAGAUCCACAACCUGGACGGCAACUGGUACAUCAUCUUCACGGCCGACCCACGCGCCGACUCGCCUCCCCCCGAAGUAGAGAUGUGGUGCGAGUACAACUGCCCAGCCGUGCACCACCGCAUGUUCGUCGUCGAAGGCCUGGGCGCAGACCCAUGGACAGCGACAUGGACCUACAAAGCCGAGCUGGACACAUACAACCAGUUCGCCAUCGACGGCACCUACUUCCAGCACAACAACCGCCUCUACCACAUCUACUCGUGCUGGCACCGACAAUACGACGGCUGGCCAGCCAACCUCUGCAUCACCGCAAUGAGCAACCCCUGGACCAUCUCGUCGCCCUUCUCCGAGCGCCAAAUCCUCUCCGUGCCCGAAUACGCCUGGGAAAAAACGCCCUUCGGCCGCGCAUCAAACGACCGCCUCUCCUCCAACGAAGCCCCCCAGCAGCUCACGAACCCGAAAACAGGCCAGCAGUUCCUCAUCUACAGCGCCGCCCGCUCGGAUAACAGGAACUACUGCCUCGCUCAGCUCGAGCUCGUCGGCGACGAUCCGAUGAACCCUGCCGACUGGCGCAAACACCCGUACCCCGUCUUCUACCAGAACCCGGCUGAGUCGGCGUACGGCGUUGGCCAUGCGAGCUUCACGACUAGCCCUGAUGGUGAUGAGGAUUGGAUUGUGUAUCAUGGGAUGCGCGAUUCGACGAAUGGGUGGUAUGCGAGGACGAUUCGGGCGCAGAAGUUUUCGUGGAAUGAGGAUGGGACGCCGAAGUUUCCGAGGCCGGGGUAUGGGCCGUAUGAGGUGCCGAGUGGGCAGUAG